AGCACAAUCAAGAGGAUGGCGGCGGUUCACAAAUCCUUGGACCAACCGGAACAGAAGAAACAACAACAACAGGACCGCUGAUAGGAAAAGUAACAUUCAGGACAGAACACAACAGUGGAUGAGCUUUCUCUAUGGGCUUUUCUGUUAUUUCGAUCCAUCCUCUUAAUACAGAGCAGGUUUAAUGUCUGCUAUUAAUCCAUGAAAGGAUUCAUGUCUGCUAUUAAAUAGAGCCACACUUCACGGUGUUGUUUAGCUUUAUGGUCAGUUGAAGAUGUCCUAAAAUGGAGUAAAGUUAUACUCUUAGAAGCAAAGGGAAAGGCCUCAGAAAUUGUAUAUGCACUAUUGUUGAAAUGUCCAAUCUGUCUCUAUUAAGUCGUGGUACUGGGCAGGUGGUUAGAAAGAAACAGGAGAAGUUGGAAGUGCAUUUCGAUCCAGAGGAUUACUUGAACUGGAAGCCACCUGAAACCGGUUACCAUGUCAGCAGACUACUGGAUGAUAGUCAGGUCGUGGAGGGAUUCUGGAGACUGUGUCUUCCUAAAACUUACAGCACAAGAACAGGGGCCCUGGUUCUCUAUUCAGAAGAUUUAGCCAAACCGUCCCUGAAACUGAAAAGAUGCAGGAAGUCCCAGCGAAGACUUAGAAACAAAAGCCGGACGCUGCACAUAGAACUUCGCACCCUCCAGGAUUUGGUCCGAGCCAUCUUGGCAUAUGGAGGCAAACAGCUAUGGAGGGAUAAGAAAAGGAUGACUUGGCAGCCGUAUCUUCACUUCCUAAGUGAUCCAGACAUCCAGACCGAGAGACAGAUGAGACCAGGCUAUUCAGCCAAGAGGUACCUCCUCAAACUCUCACAGACCUGGGAUCCAAGCAUUUUACGAAAGCUUCAGUGUGCAGGAUACAUCAAGGACCCCUUGUUGCUUGAGGAAAACUUACCAGAUCACAGAAAGAAACUACAGGAUCUAUCAGCUGUUCCACCAAAAUAUAAUCUUCUGCAUAUUUUCUGCUCACCUUGUUCAUACUUACAGACUGAGUUAGAAGAACAAGCGACUAAUCCAGUCCACAGCCCUUUGUUUUACAAGCAACCUGAAAAUAAAGCCAGGCUAGUUGAAGACUAUGAAGAAGGGGGAAAUGCCAAAGGGAAAACACGAAUUCCUUUAAGGAUUUCAGUAAGGAGACUGAGUUUUCACCUGAGACCGCAGCAUACAAAAGAGUCCACCUGGAGUCAGAAUACAGCACACAUAGGAAUCCCAGAGGACAGAUGGGUUGGAGUUCACCAAGAUGGGAAGACUGCAAAGGAGGAUCCAGGCCACAGUGAAAUACCAAAACAAACUGUAGAUUAUCCACCUUUGGGAAGCAUCAAUAAUGAGACUUCUGAGCUUUGGUGUGAGAAAUCCCAUGUGACUUUCUAUGGCGGGUUUUUUCCUGGUAGAAAGAUCUCCUACAGCGUUAACCAAAGGCAUCUGAAGAAUUCCAAAGGCAAAGAAAGAGGACCUCCAGUGGGUACAGGAUUACUUCCUCCUAUCCAACCAGGAACAAGCGCAGAAAGAGGUGGAGUCAUGAAAGAGCAUAGAGAUCAGGUGCCGGAGAUUUUCAGGUUACCUCAGAUAUCUGAAGACUGGCCCAGAGCUCAUAGGAAAAAGAUUAAAUCUGGUGAGCUCACAAAAGAGCUUGUGAUCCUUCCAUUGCUCGUUCACUUGGAAAGGGAACCACAGACCAAAGCAAAACGGCCAAGAGAAGCUUGUUGUAAUGUACCCAAUGAGGUUGAUGUCUGUAAUGAGCAGUUGGUCUCUUUGCCAAAUGAUCUCAUUUUGGAGACAGAACAUAGAAGAAAUGAGGAGCAGCAGCAGAUGAUCAAUGGUGGGAUCUCAGAGGCUUCCCAAGAAUGUCAUAAUGGCACUUCACUCAGCAGUCUCUGCAUGAGUCCUGAUAGAGAAAUCGUCUGUCCAUCAGUCUUGGGAUCCAUCCAAACUACUGAUGAUCCCGAGCAGUUUGGAUUCAUUCCAGAUGAAGAAGGAGAUGGUGAAGUAUCCCUUGAAACGAGAAGAACUGUUUCCGUAAAUCCAUCUAAGAUCUCCUCGGAAGUUCAAGAACAGCAAGAGAAGGAAAGUCCUGGCAUACAAAGAACAAAGCUGUCGCGCCCAAGGGAUGAAAGACAAAUAGCUGUGAAAAAGGAAGCCAUCCAACUCAUUGCUACACCAAAGAAUGGAGGUUCUGCCCCGUGCGCCACUAAAAGGCUGCUUCAAGCCUGUAAAAGAGAAAUGGACCCCAUCCAGAAUGUCUCCCAGUUCUGCACAGAAGCCAAUGACCUCUACUACAAAAUCCAUAGGGGCCUUCGCAGAACUCAAGCUCUAAGAAUCCUUAUGGGAAGUAAGAGCAUUUCUGCUGAAUCCAGAAAAGAGAGCCAGCAAGGUCUAGAUGGUUUCAGCAGAAACCACCAUCUGCAACUAAGUAAGGAUGAAAAGGGUCGCCCCACCUUGCCGCAGACACAAAGCACAAAGCAGAAGAACUUCAUCCAAGACACAGGAGAACAGUUGGAUAACCUGUCUCCAACCUCUAGCCUCUCGCACCUGGAACCUCACCCUGCCCAUUUGAUGGUUGCUGCAUCAGAAAUGGAGAUUGGCUGGGAAUCCGAGGGUGCUUCCCUGGACCUUCUUGAGCCCGGCAAGGAAAUUAAGGAGAGCCCAAGGGUGGGCACCCAUCCUUCUGCAAAGCAGUUUGGGACUGAAGAAGAAACAACCACUUUGCCAGAGAAAACCAGCAAGCAAGCUCAGGCCACCAGCGUCAACAGAGCUGAAGGUGUUUUAGAGAAGAAACCAAUGUCAAGACAGAAGAAACAUGAAUUGGUAAAAACUUCAGCUACGUCCAAAGCACAGAAAAAGAGCACCAAGAAAGAUAAACGCCAAAGUCGGACAGAGUUUGUUGUAGGGAAACCAAGACAGAAAAAAGCUGUUGGAGAAACAGUUACUUCUUCCAAGCAGAAACCAGCAGGUGUCAAGAGAUCAGAAACUGCUGAGGAAGAAAACCAAGAAGAAGAAAAGGAAGGAGGGGAUGUUGAAUUGGAGCAGAUUGGUUCUCUUGCAGAAGGAGGAGGAGAUGAUGAUGAAAAAGAAGAUUUGAGAGGCCCUUCUGAACAAAGCCUCGGUUCCUCCACCCCUCUGAAUGAAGAGCAGCCCUCACUGCUGAAGGACAGCCAUCCUUUGACUGAAGAUGUUGGCCAAACUCCUGGGUCUCCUGCAGGGCCUGCUAGUGAGACACCUCUUGAUACCUGUCCAGCCGUUUCCACUGCAAAUGGCUCCCAAACUGAUGCAGUUCAGAGCAGUGGGCUUCCAGAGGAUCUCCCUGUGAACAAAGAAGAGGAGAAACUAUCGCGGGGCAGGAUGAUAGCAGAGAGGGCAGAGAAAAGGCGGCUGGCGGUGGAGAGGAAACGAAGGGAGCAGGAGGAGCAAAAACGGAAGGAGCAAGAGCAGCAGGAGCGCAUGGAGAGAAUGAAGGAAGAAAUGGGACACGAACACCAGCGGAGAAUUGAGGAGAUGCGUUUAAGAAGACAGCAGCAAGAAGAAGAGCGUCAGCGCCAGGAGGAGGAGGCAGCAAGGAAGCAUCAAGCGGAAAAGGCAGCCCAAGAACGUGCACGGCAGCAGCAGGAGGAACAUCGCAGGAAGCUACUAGAAAUGCAGAAAAAAAAGCAGGAGGAGGAACGAGAACGCGCAGAAGCGGAAAAACGCAAACAGAAAGAAAGGGAGAUCUGGCUAGAGGAAGAACGGCAGCGCUUAGCCGAGAUGGCAGAAGAGCAGCGGUUGGAGUACGAGAAAAGGAAACGGGAAGAAGAGGAGAAAGCGAAGCGUGAGGCUGAGGAAAGGAGGAGGAGGGACGAGGAAGAAGCCAGGAUUGCUUUAGAGGAAGCAAGGAAGCAAGCAUUGUUAUUGGCAAGACAAAGGGCAGAGUUGGAGAAGCAGCAUCAAUUCCAAUAUAAGCUGCUUGCAGAAGCCAGUGGACUGGAACGAGGGCAGGAAAUCUCACGUCCUUGGGUAUAUUCGUAUUUCCAGCAUCCAUUUUUAAAGGUGGGAGAUGAUGAUUGAAGAACCCGGCAAUGGGUACUUUUCCCAAGAACGUGCAACCAGGAGGCUGUGGGCUUCCAAUCCUACCCCAACAAGUCAGUGCCUUAUGAUUGCCCGAUUCUUGUUUACUUAAUUUGAUAGAAGCUGCUGUUUAUAUCCAUGUAUCAGUAGAGAACAGCUGUUAUCCUCU